AUGGGUGCUUGGGGAACUAGUUAUUUUGAUAACGAUAUGGCUUGUGAUUGUUGGGCUGAAUUAAAACAUGAAAAAACUGAAAAUGCUCUUGAUCAAUUACUUUCUAAUUUAAAAACUGUUGCUGAAAAUAAUUCUUAUAUUGAAAAUGAUGAAACUGAAUCAAUUAUUGUUUGUUCAUUACUUAUAAUUAUGUUUUCAUUUAAUAAUUGGAUUAAUGAAAUGUUUAAUGAAAAAGAUAUACCUAAAUAUAUUCAAGAAGAAAUUAAUCAAUUUUUAAUUCGUUAUCAAAAAGAUUGGGAUGAAAAUUAUAAAAAUAAACGUAUUGAAAUUGGUAAUGAAGAAUCAAAAUCAUUGACUAUUCCACAAUUGGCAAAUUUAUCAUUACAAAAAGUACUUAAUCCAAAAAUUAGUGAAUCUUGUGAAUUAUGGGAAGAAACAAAUUAUUAUGAUGAAUGGAAACAAAGAAUACAAAUUCUUAUUGAUAAAUUAGAAAAGAUGUAA